AUGGUGAUGCGGAGACGCAAGGGUCCCAAGCCCCCCGGCCGACGGAAUCUUUCGGACUCGGGUCCGGACGCGGAGGGGAAUGGAUGGACGUCCAUGUUCGACCAUGGCACAGUUCGUAAUCGUGAUGCCAUGGAUGCGACUGGCGCUUACGGUGGUCACUCGUGGAAUGCCGUAUCCUCGAGACUCGUCGUCGCCGAGUCACCUGGAUCCUGCUGGCGUCACGGGACGUGA